CCAGCCAGAGGUACAAUGGAGAGUCAGGUGAUGAUGGGAAGAGAAGUCUUGCAAAGACUACAGUCGCGGUUGGAGCAGGCUUUUCAGAGGCAACCCCUGGAUCUAGACUAUUUAGAGUUUGUGUGUGUCAGUGAGAUGACACUCAUAAGAUCACUUGCUCCUUAUGUCACAUUCCCCCAAGAGGUGCUUGAAGGGCUUCACAAUCUUAUUACACUCAUCAACACUGAGCUAGAUCAAAGAAGAACCACCAUUUUGGUUGAUGCAGUUGAUGGAGCAAGAGGAUGUCCAAAGCUAUGUGUUUCCAAAGACCACCUUGAGCACCUUUUAGAAAUUGGUCUGGCUGUCCCAAAUAUAUGUAACUUACUUGGGGUGUCACAGAAGACAAUUCGUCGUCGGAUGACCGAAUGGAACCUCUCAGUGAGAGACUCUUACAGCCAAGUAUCUGAUGAGGAGCUGGACAGCCUGGUACUAGCUGUCAAAAAAGAUUCACCAAAUUUAGGUCACAGGAUGGUCAAAGGCCGCUUGAAGGCCUUGGGUUACAAAGUCCAGUGGACGAGAGUCUGGGAUUCGAUGCAUCGCGUAGAUUCAGCUGGGAUCCUCGAAAGACUGGCAAGUGUUGGAUGCGUUGUAAGAAGGACCUACAGCGUCCCCAGUCCUCUUAGUCUUGUGCAUGUGGACACCAACCACAAGUUAAUUAGAUAUGGCAUUGUUUUGUUUGGAGGGAUUGAUGGGUUUUCAAGAAAGAUUGUCUAUUUGCAGGCAGCUAACAACAAUAAGGCAACCACAGCCUUCAACUUUUUCCUUGGUUCUGUGAGGGAACAUGGUUUGCCAUCAAGGGUGAGAGGAGACCAAGGAUCUGAGAAUGUAGAUAUUGCACGCUACAUGUUUGAGACUCGUGGCUGUGGCAGAGGCAGUUUCAUAGCUGGAAAAAGCGUUCAUAAUCAAAGAAUAGAACGGGUCUGGCGGGACGUUUGGAACAGUGUGACCAGUGUCUACUAUGAUUUACUUCAUUUCCUCGAAGAGGAAGGUGUCCUGGACUUGGCCUACAGUGUACAUCUCUUCUGUGUCCAGUAUGUUUUUAUACCACGAAUCCAGGAUGACCUAGAUGCAUUUAGAGCAGGAUGGAAUGACCAUUCACUACGCACUGAACACAAUCUUACUCCAAACCAACUGUGGGAAAUUGGUCUAAUCCAAAGUCCUGAUGACCAUCCUGACUCUGUUGAGGAUUUCAACUACUUGCCACUCGAAGACACAGACAUGGAUCGAACAGGAAUUCAGGUUCCUGAACUGGUGUGUCCUUUGCCCAACGAACACAUAGAAAUGCUUAGAGAGCUAUUUGAUCCUGUUGCUCAUUCAGCAUGCUUUGGGGAGGACAUUUACAGGGCAGUGGUACAGUACGUAGAAGGUGUGACUGAAUCAAGUCGUUAGUCCCUUGCAUUAACAAACAGACUUGCAACUGAUUUUACGAUGCGUUUGAGUUUAUUUCCAACAUUAUGAAUAACUGAAGGAUGAAAUAUAAAGUAUCUGUUGUGAACAAGAAACAAUGAAAAUAAAAUGUGCAUUUGAAACAAA